AAUAAAUGUAAGACCCACUUGAAUAAAUAUAAUAUAGGACCUACCCAAUAAUUCAGUCCACAAAAGAUGGACUUGGAAGAAGGCCUCUCGUUUGGUAGAUUCAGAUAGAUCAUGCUUCCAAGAGAAACAAGGAACCAGAAAAAUGAAAAUGGAGGCUUGGAAUUUGGCCGAGGCCAAGCUACCAGCAGAUCGGAGAAACCAUGAAGCUGGCAUGGAUCUUGAUGUACACAAUGCUGCAGAAGAGGCCAAGCUACCAGCAGUUCUUUCUCACUGUCCUGGUUGCUGUGAGCAGCUACUGGUUUAUAACAAGGAAAACUUGAACGCUUUACACAUUAUUAUAGCUGAUGAUGAUUCUCUGCUGCCGACACUGAAGGAGCGCUCAAACGCAAAAGCCGAAAUGGAGGAGGUGGAGGAGAAGAAAGGUGGUAGUAGCUGCAGGGGAUUCAGUGUGUUCAAAUGUGGCAAAGACGCUGAUGUAAUAUUGAAGGAAGUGAAAGAAGCUCAUCUGGUAAUGGCUACACUGAUAGCAACUGUGACUUUCGUAGCGGGUUUCGCCAUGGCUGGUUACGAAAGCGAAAAAGGAGGAGGCCAAGCAAGUCUAGCAAGAAAUGCAGCUUUGAUAGUUUUUGUUGUAACAGAUACACUGGCCCUGUGUAUGUCGGCUUGUUCUGUCUUGAUGCACUUUUAUUUGCCAGGGCCGGAUGCCAUUGUUUUGUCCUUAUCUUCGACCAUGUCCGCCUUGAUUUUCAUGGCGACUGCAUUCAUUUCUGGGGCAUAUGCAGCAUCAGGUCAUUCUCCGCGGCUUGCGGUGGCGGCUUGUGUGCUUGGCUGCUGGUACUUUUGGGCAGCUUUCUUCAUGCUUGGCCGUCCAUCUGCCAAAGCUUUUCGGAGGCAUUUUAAUCAUGCUGCCACUGCAGCUUAGUUGAACCAAAGAUUCUCUUCUUGUCUUGUUUUUUACUUUGAUUUCUAAUCUAAUCUAAGCCUUUUGUCACAUGUCCAAAGUUA